AUGUUCCACAUCGAGAACAUUAGUGACGCUACCGGCAUCUGUUCUCAACAGAACACGACUACCUUCGAUAGCAGUGCAUGGCCCGAGGACUUCUGGUACAUCGACAAUGCUAUUGCAAACAGUGUCUAUUCUGGUCUCGGCGUCAGGAUGCCAAUUAAAAUGCUGGAAGCUUUCAUCGAGCCCAUCGAUAUCGCGGAGAAGAGCUGGAAGCUUACCUACCUCUACUUCUGGUCCUGUUUCUGGGUCCUCAUCAUCUCGCUCAUCGUUUUCCUGUUCUUGAUUCGCCGUCACAAGGUCGAUCUCUCUGACUCCGUCUCUAUCAUCAUCCGCUGCCUGGUGCUUGGAGCUGGCGCGGCAGCUCUUGCUGUUCUCGCCAACAAGCAAAGACUUGUUAAUCUUCUUAACUUGCCAGCUAUCCUUCCAAUAGCCGUGGUACUGCUCUUCACUGCCCUCUGCUGCGACAAGCUCGCCUCCCUCUGGUGCAACUGGCGUCUCAUCAAGUCCGGCGAGCCAUACGCACUCGAGUUCGAGAAGGAGCACCACCACGGCGGUCACGAAGAGUACGGCGAAGUUCACAUGACCGGGGAUAAAGAGCACGGAAAUGUACAUCACGGCAGGCCGGAGCUGAAGAGUCAUUGCAAGUCGGCUGGCUGGAGUAUUCACGCUGAUUCUGUUGAGUUGUCCAAGGAGGUCACUGAGUAUAGCUCGAGUCAUUACAGGGACAGCACUCAUGGUAUCGAGGGGGUACAGACUACACCUCCGCAGAGCCCGAGUCCGCCGCCAAUGACGCCUAGGAUGAUGUAUUUAUGA